AUGGAGCUGCUGCAGGAUUUCCACCAUCCGUUUACGCCGUACGAGAUCCAGCUGCAGUUUAUGCAGGCGUUGUACGGAUGUCUCGAAGAUGGUAAAGUCGCCGUAUUCGAGUCACCCACUGGUAAGGGCGCUAACCCAUGUACCGGGAAAUCGUUGAGCUUGAUCUGUGGUUCCCUGACCUGGCUCCGGGAUCACAAACGCAAGGCUUUUCAGGAAACGUUGGACCAGGCAGCAUGUGACGAUGACGAGCCCGAAUGGAUGGUCGAAUUUGCCAAGCGCGAUUCGCGACGAGCCAUUGCGGAGAAGAGACAAGAGUUCGAGUUGCGAUUGGCGAAGAUCAAACAAGACGAAGAGCGGCUAAAGCUGGCCCAGGAAAGCCAAGAGCGGCCACGUAAGAAGCAGCGAGUUGAUGAGCCUGUAUCGGAGCCUGGCCCGGACGAUGAUAACCAGUUUGUGCUGGACGACUAUGAUAGUGAAGCGGAUGAGAGACAAAAAACAAGUCAAUCUGUCGGAGUCGAUGGCUUGUCCGCCAGUACUCUAGCUCUGCUGGAGAAGUUCAAGGGGCAAUUUACCUCACAAAAGCCCGAUCAAGAUGAUGAAGAUGACUCGAUUAAAAUCUUCUAUUGUUCAAGAACACACUCGCAGCUCAGCCAGUUCGCAGGAGAGCUGCGCCGAGUUAACUUCCCAUCCAGCAUACCCAGCGACCAUGAGGCAGAGGACAAAGACGACAUCGCAAAACUGGAAGAGCGGAUCAAGCAUCUCUCUCUAGGAUCUCGCAAGAAUCUUUGCAUUAACCCAAAAGUCCGGGCCCUUGAAAAUAGUACGGCAAUCAAUGAGCGGUGCCUGGAUCUACAACAGUCGGGCAUUGCUGCCGACAAUAAAUGCUCUUAUCUCCCGUCAAAAGACGAUGAAGCACUGAUCCUUCGGUUUCGUGACCAUGCUCUGGCAACGGUGAAAGACAUUGAGGACAUUGGCAAGGUUGGGAAACAGAUUGGAAUCUGUCCAUACUAUGCAUCGCGCCCGGUCAUCAAGCACAGUGAGAUCAUCACGCUGCCAUAUCCAUUGCUACUUCAGCGGUCAGCUCGGGAGGCUCUUGGUUUGUCUGUCAAGGAUCAUGUGGUCAUAAUUGACGAGGCUCACAACCUCAUGGACGCAAUUGCCGGCAUCCAUUCCGUGUCUGUCUCGUUGUCCCAACUGCAAACCGCCAUUUCCCAGUUGACUACAUAUGCGCGCAAGUUCCAAACUCGGCUAAAAGGAAAGAACCGAAGCUAUCUUGCUCAGAUCAUCCGGUUGGUGAGCUCUAUUGCCGACCAUCUGAGAGGUAUCUCUAAACAAAAAGGGCCACCGGAAGGCCCGGUGCAAUCUUCGGAUCUCAUGGCUGGAAAGGGGGUGGAUCAAAUCAAUCCCUACAAACUUUCCCGGUAUUUACAGGAAAGUAAGCUGGCUCGCAAAGUCGAUGGGUACGUUGAGUCAUCUCAAGAACCCCAGGCAAGUCGAGUCCGGGACAGAAAUACAGUGCCCAUUCUAUUUCACAUCCAGAGCUUUCUAUUACCUUUGAUGAACCCAUCAGAGGAGGGCAGGCUCUUUUACCAAAAGAAUCAGGAUGAUGUGUUGCUGAAAUACAUUCUCCUUGAUCCAACCAAUCACUUCCGCGAGAUUGUUGAAGAUGCUCGAGCCGUGAUUCUGGCCGGUGGAACAAUGUCCCCUAUGACCGAUUACGUGAAUCACCUGUUCUCCUAUGUAUCACCUGAGCGCUUGGGCACCUUCAGCUACGGCCACGUCAUUCCAUCGACAAAUCUUGUUGCUCAACCGCUCACCAAGGGCCUUCUGGGGUCGGAGUUCGACUUCACUUAUGAGGCUCGGGGUUCCGAGAAAAUGAUCAUUGAUCUUGGACGGACUAUGGCAACUUUGUGCCAAGUCAUCCCAGAUGGCGUUGUUGCCUUUUUCUCCAGCUACGAUUACUUGAGCCAGGUCAUCAAUGUAUGGAAGAAGCCGAUCCCCAAUGGGAAUGGCCAAACCACAUUCGGUCUCAUUGAGAAAAAGAAAAAGAUACUAUACGAAGCCCGCGAGGCGCCGACAGCGACAACAACGGAUUCACUGCUUCAAGAGUAUACCGAAAACGUCGAAUCAGGACCGGGAGCAUUGCUCUUGUCUGUGGUUGGUGGUAAGCUUUCAGAGGGAAUCAACUUCUCGGACAGGCUCGGAAGAGGUGUUUUUAUCAUAGGCCUCCCUUUCCCCAACAUUCGCAGCGCUGUGUGGCAAGCUAAGAUCAAGUAUAUUGAAGACAAGGCCUACAAGCAAGGGCUGGGAACGGAAACUGAGAAAAGGGCACGCGCCAGCGCAGCCGGGAGAGAUUUCUAUGAGAAUUCCUGUAUGCGAGCUGUGAACCAAUGCAUUGGUCGAGCUAUUCGUCAUGUAAAUGACUACGCAGCGAUCGUGAUGAUCGAUCGACGCUAUGAGACGCCACGCAUUCAAGGCAAGUUGCCUGGCUGGAUUCGAGGGAGCCUAGUGCCUACCUCGUCUGCGCGGCCGGCCCACGCGACUGUCCAACGUCUUUCCAGCUUUUUCGCUGAAAGGGCUCAGCUUUUGUAUACAAAUAUCCACGACCCUUCCCCCUUCAACGCCCAACUUCAGACCGGUCUUGUCGAGCACACCACCAACGACAAGAUGCCUACCCGUUUCUCGAAGACGCGGAAGUCCCGCGGCCACGUGUCUGCCGGUUACGGUCGUAUCGGCAAGCACCGCAAGAGCCCCGGUGGUCGUGGUAUGGCCGGUGGUCAGCACCACCACCGCACCAACAUCGACAAGUACCACCCCGGUUACUUCGGUAAGGUCGGUAUGCGCUACUUCCACAAGACCAAGCAGCAGUUCUGGAAGCCCACCAUCAACCUGGACAAGCUUUGGUCCCUCGUCCCCGCCGAGAAGCGCGAUGCCUACAUGAGCGGCUCCAAGACCGAUACCGCUCCCGUCAUUGACCUCCUGCCCCUCGGUUACUCCAAGGUCCUCGGCAAGGGCCGCCUUCCCCAGAUCCCCGUCGUCGUCCGUGCCCGCUACUUCAGCCGUGAUGCCGAGCAGAAGAUCAAGGAGGCUGGUGGUGUUGUUGAGCUGGUCGCAUAA